AAAAGGAAUGCUUUGGGAGAAUACCAAAGACCAGAAAACUAAUUCAUUGGCAACCUAACCAAACCACUUCUUUCUUUCCCUUAGAACAAAACUUUCUUGAAUUCUCUCUUUGGAUUACUCCUGAAAGUUUUCGUCCCUGUUCUAUAUAAACCCCCAAAGAGAGCGUGCAUAAGGUAAAAUUAUUUGAUUGAGUGGGGAAAAGGGAUUUGGAAUUGAAGAGAAUGGCAACUGGGGCAGCUCAGAUGGUGUUUCAGGUUUCCUUUGAUGGAAGUAUAGCUGCGAAUGACACAGAUAUUCAAUGGAGGCCGUAUCACCGGAACUGUGGUUGCCGGCUACAUAACCUGAAAGGUAGCAGUAAACCCCAUGACUGUUCCCAACCAAGGAAUGUAGCAUUCCCACAGAAACAAUGGCAAAGUGAUUGUUCCUUGUCAAUGUCGAUUUCCAGACUCUCUUCUCAGUCUUCUCUUCCUGAUGAUCUCUCGCUUUGUUCCUUUUCAAUGGCGGCUUCUAGAUUCUCAAUCUCCUCUUCCUGAUGAUCUCUCCCUGGCAUGAAAGCAGAGGAGAAUGAAAUGUUAGGUACAGCUGCAGUAGAAGGAACCGCAGGUUACACAAUGCAUACUUAGAUCAUUUGUCAUCCCUUUCAUCAAUUUAAUUUCUCCAUGUAAACUUCUGAUCUCUUAUUUCUCUUGACAAUUUUAGCUCUGUAUGCCAGCUCUUUAAAUUCUAUGCCAGACUCUUCAAACACAUUAACUCUCAAUCCUAUCAUAUGGUUUCGGAGAAUUCCCUAAUGUCACCUUUCAUAUGGCAUCAUCAUU